AUGAAGCACAUGCUUGAUCCGAAUCUUCAAUUGCGCCCUGCCUCGGCCAACUCCGAGCUGCUCCACACGGGGCGGACUGGGCCACACGGGGAAAACGGGGGAUUCGUCGAGGACCUGCUCAAUGGUCACAUACACAUUCAGGCUGUGGUACUGUCGUCCUCCACGCCCUUUAUCCUUGACACUCUGAUGCCACCUCGGAGACUCGGGACCAGCAUCCAAGCGGCACCCUUGCCUGGGCUUGGUAGAACCUUGCCCUACCUUACCAUACCUUACAGUGACAAGGUGCCUUACGUAUCCAUUAUCAUUUACUUUCUUCUUGGUAUUGAUGCUUUUCACUACCUUGAUCAAGGCAGGAGAGGUGAAUUCAAGGCACAGAUGGGGACGAUGCCCGCUCACGACGUGACUCCAGUGGGCUGGAAAUCACGGUGCGCAAAGAUAGAGGAAAGAUGGUACUCCCCUGCUGGCUCCUUCCUCGCACAGUACCUUAUUUCGGACCCAUUAAAUGUGACAUAUCUCCACUCUUUCUGGUCCUCUGUGUCCAUCCCGCUGAGGAAGUGGAUGACUCCGCUGUCUGUUUGCGACUUUGCAAAGUCGUUCGAUCCUCCCAUUCCCACUUUCAUGUAUUUGCAGUACGUAUUCUUGAUCGUGCGCAACGUUCAAAAGAGGCAGGUACUCAUCGCUGGUAUUCAAAAGAUGCCUCUGCUUUCUAUUGAAAUAAGGCAUGGAAGUCCCAAGGUUCUCGUUGGCUCUUUCUCCCGCUUCCGUCUUUGGGUUGUCAUUCCUUCCCUUCUGGGCGUCCCUUUCUCCCUGAGUCCCUUCCCAUCCCACAUCCCCCACCAUCCUCCACCACACACCGGCAUGAAGAAAUUCGCCGACUACAAUGCCACAAUCCGAUUCACGGCGGGACAUGUUCAACAUGCACAAUUGUUUCGCUUCCGAAUCGACUCUAUGGAUACUCGACAUGCUUCUCCUUUUCCAGAUCAUUUGUCACUGUCAGCAUUCACCUCCUGUUCUUACGACCUGCCUACCCAAUUCGACAUUGAUGAAACAAAUAAACCGUCGUCCUCCGCUCCGGUCCACCUCCAAACCCUCGUCCACUCCAACGCCCUCGGUCGCUGGGUAGACACAAACACUUCAGAUGACUCCGUCACUGUCUGUUAUUUCGCAUACCACGGCAAUGUCCGAUGUGUUCUGUUUGGGAGAGGCCUCCGUUGUCAUCACCGACGACAUAUCACCCUCCCUGGGCUUUCGACUUGGCAGCGUUUGCGGCUUGCCCUGCAUCACUCUGGCCUCGCAUUGGGCUGGACUCUUCGGCGGGGCGUCAUGGGACGCGAAGGAGAAUUUCCCAGUCUGUCAGCAAUCACUCGCACUCAGCUCAGCAAACACCCCUUCAAACGAGCGCCGGAAGGCUAUGCAAUAUCAGAUUACUCCUGGUAUUCUGCCCACUCUGCCCCUGCCAAUCGCCGACACCACCUAUUCCCCCUCUGCACCAUAAUGACUAGGUCGCGCCGCACCAAAGUCCGAGGAGGAGGCACUGCACUGUCUCGACCGGCAUGCCACUGGCCACACGACAAGGCUGCGAAUUCUAAGAGUCUCUUGCAUCUGGACUACUGUUUCGCCUCGGCCUGUCAUUUAUCCCUGGGUCUUCUAGAAGAAGAACUCACAACUCUAUUCCAUACCGAUGCCCCCUGCACAACCUCCUCUGCCAGAGGCGGGAUGGCAUCAUCCCCCAGAUUUCCAUUUCGCGCCUGCUUAUGCAACGCCUUUUUGACAACCUUCGUCGGCAAUCUUUCUGGAAUAUCUGCGACCCAAGUGGCCGCUUUGGCUCCCUGUCUAUUCUGUCCUUGGGCCAAAUUUGACGUGUUGUCCAAGCGGCGUCCUCUUCAGCACGCCUCGACAGUAGUUCCCGCCAACGGCUUCCGCUGGGUCAUGCCGUGCACGGCAUUGACACGGGAAUUGGAUACCCGUCAAGAGUUCCAGAGACAUUCCUCGGAACCCAGCUUUGUUUACAUUGGCGUUCUUGCGAACCCGCCGUUCAAGUCGUGCCUCGUUGCGGAUCUUCGACUCAACUCCCGGAUUCGAUCAUCUUUUCGGGGUCAGAGUGAAGUGGAUGGCAGCUUGACAUGGUUUGGUGCCUUUCACUUGCACUUAUGGGACACAACAGUCUUGUUGGAUCAUGAUGGCCCAUUCGGGGCUUGGUCACGGUCUGCUCUUGAAUUCAAUGGCAGUCACGUCACAUGGAGUCUUGCGAAGGUCUCCUGCGGCACGGUGCUGAUCGGCUCUACUUGUACUCGGCCGAACUGCACUAACGAGUGUCAUCUCUUGAUAAUCUUUUCCUGCAAAGCGGUUCAAGAUAUCGAUCUCGAAACGUCCUUCAAUUAUGAGCCUACCCAAUUAUGUCUAGCGUUGGGCAACUUGAUAUUCAACCUGCGCACAUCACCACUCUACAACUUGCUUGCGGACAAAUUGCCGGUUUGGAUAUGGAGAGAUUGGCAAUUUCUCACAUCUGACCGAGUGCUGUUCAAUUGGACCUCUCUCUGGGAUCAGACAGCAAAUCCGAGUCUGCCGUUGUUUAUGUUCGCACACCUGAUGCACCCUUUGAAAGAUACUCAUCAAGAACUUUCGCAUGAAUACCUCGGCUCGGCACGAACAGAACUACCUAUAACGUCGAUCGAGUCAAGUCUAGCUUUCGUCGGAAUCUUGGAGUUCUUAAAGGUCUCAACCUUAUUCGGACGACUUUGCGUGACCCAAGAUCGUCGCCAACGCAGUGGCGGAUGCUCAAUGGUAGUAGUGAUUGUGCAGCUGUCUGUCGACUCAACGCCUUGCGGGCUGUGGUUCGUUGCGCAGAACAAGGUCGCCCUUGCAAACUCAAUCUCGUUUGGACGGUCUUUGAAGACCCAUUUCACGAAUCGCAAAGUUCCAAACCCUGAGCCUGUCAUCCGGUCUGUCAGUGGCGCACCCCCAAUGUCACGUCAGUCUGGCCAACCAUGCUCGUCGCGCUUCACAAAGAGCCCACGUCGGUUCAAGGCUCCCGACAAAUCUUCCGAGCGCGAGAGAAACCCGACAGGCGCCUGUGAAAGUACGGAUACGGACACAACCCUCGAAGGCGAAGUGUGUGUCACCUACGACAAGACGGCCAAGAGCCAGCAAUGGGAAGCUGAACCAGGUUGCAAUCGAAGUUGGCAGUCAACUCGUCCGUCUGCUGCAUCACUAUCGGCCGGUCAUCGUCGCCAAAUAGUCGAAUAUCCGAAGGCAAGCAACAACGUCGUUCGAGCUACAAGGACCCCAGAGAACCCAUGUCGCCUUUGUUCUAACGCGAGCCCCAUGUUUCAUGCACAAUUGGGAAUUGCCGCCAUGUUUUGGCUAUUUUCAGCUCGCCUGAUGAAUGUUUCGAGUCCCUCCUUCCACAGCGCGACUGCACAAAUUAUCACGCAAAGACAGGCGCGCCUACAGCCUGGCUUACGCAUACAAUGGGAUCGCUUUGGCCUCGCCAUGCCUUGCAAUCCGCCGGGGCGCCUGGCGUCAUUUGCGAGGGUGAAUGCCGACAGCGCGCCAGAACUGUGGAUUGGCUGGUUCUACCACGGGCGCAAUGCGGAGUGCAGCACUGCAGACGACCAAAGGGGAACGAACCUCUGCAAGCCAUUCAUCAAACUCUCUACUGUGUUGGUGGAUGCCAUGUACCAACAGAAUCAAGACGUUGUCAGCUCAGUCUUCUGCGGCCGUCGGUCAGGGCUAUCGUGGCCUGGAACGGCAUUCUCGCACACAAUUCCUCUCCAGCUGCGGCCUUUCAUGUCUUCUGCGGCCACUGCUGCGGCCGACGGAGAACGCGCGCACCCGCGGAGCGUGCCAGCCAUCCGCCACCCCAAUCUCCUGGCCGGCUCUGGCAUCCCGCGCCCAGAUUGCAUGUGCUUUUCUGGCACUUCUUCCGAGCUUCCCACAGCGGAAGCGCAAGUCGAUACUGACACUGUUGUCGGCCAGAACUUCGCUUCAUAUCUGAACCUGGAUGGGGUCCGGGGCAUCGGGCGGGACACGGCUCGCUAG